AUGUCAUACACAACCCAAUCCUCUGAAUCUUUUUCUGAAACAAUCCACUGGAUAUACUCUUCUCAAAUCAUUGAAACUUCUGAGGAAGUAGUAGAACCAGCUGAUAACAUGGAGUUGAUUGAUAAGGUGUUCCAAAAUGGAGAACUUCUCGGAAAUAUUUUGAAAAAUGUCUCGAAAGACGGAAUGAAUCACUUGAGUUUGCGAUUGGUCAACAAGGUUUUCAACUCUGAAAUGCUUCGUUUAAUUCGAAGGAAUCAUCGUGGAAUUAAUGUCAGUAACGUUUUCAAAAGUGUUGACGAUGAAUGGAGAAUGGAAGAAGAAGACGUCACGUAUGAUGUAGCAAUCAAUAACCAAAAAGUGAACAGUGCGAGAGUGUAUGCAUACUGCAGAUUUCUGAAAGAGGUCGCAGAAGUGAAGAUUUGCAAAUUGACAAUUGAAACCCUACCUAUGAAAUAUACCUAUGAAGAUCUUCAUGAUGCAUUAAUCAAUAUGUUAACAGGAUCAGAUUAUGAGAUCGUUGAAGAAUUUAUCGGAACAAAACAAAUCUGUAGAUUUGGGUGUGACAGAUGUUCAGAUAUUGUCAACAAUGGAAAGUGCAAAAAUUACGGGCCAUUAGAAGAAUAUAUCGUCUUGCAUCCACACCACUUUCAUUGUUUAUUAGUGUCAGAUGUGUUACUUUUCCAAAUAGCUCAGAGAUGCAUCACAUUCUCAGAUGAAAAAGAAGAAACUUUGGAGAAAUUAGAUGAGAUGAUCAGUCCGUUGAUAUCUUGUGAUAAACUCCAUCUAAUUCUAACUGACUCAUUUGGAGCAACUCGUUAUAGAAGUAUUGGAGAAGAAAAUCAAUUAUCUCACUCUUUUCCACGAGAAGUUCUAGAUUUAAUGAUUGUUAAAUGGAAAGUGAAAUCUCUAAAGCUUGAAUUCCAAGCAACGGAUUCAGAGACAUGUACUGUAUUCCACUACGGUGAUGUCUUCGCGAAAGGAAGUUUUGAUACUCCUUUCGCAAAUCUGAAAGUUUCAAAUUACACUCUCGAAUCGGUCGAAAUUGAUUUGAAAUGUACAGAAAUAGUUAUCGAAGAAAUGGAAACAUAUCUGAAUACGAGACAACCUUCGCCGUUUGAUAACUUGGUUGCAAAUGCGAAAAGAUUGUUUCCGACGAGAAAUAUGUUAGUGAAGUUUCCAAACGAAUACUGCUUGAUAACACCGGAGAACAUAGCUUCAUUUAUUCUAAAGUUAAUGAAGAUGUCCGAAAUGGAGAAGGAUCGAAACUUCAAUUCGACAUUCAGAAUUUACUCCCCAAACAAUGGAAAAAAUUACAGUGAUUACACUCUGAACAUUCCGGAUAUUUUGAACUUAGGAGUUCGUUUUUUGACAGAAGAAGGAGAAGAAAACAACCACUUUUUAUUGGAAAAAGUUGUUCCUAUUCCAGUCGAAGAAGAGAGAUUAACUCUUGGAAACAAGUGCAGAUGGCAUGGAAAAUCAUUCCAAUUGAAGAAUGAAAUGACCAACAAUCGAAUACAUUUUCAAAUCGUUUUUGAGGAAGAAUUUUUGGAAAUGCUGUCAUCAGUUCGAGAUAAAUUGAAGCAGGUUGGAUUUCUGGAACAUUAUCUUCCCUAA